UUUGAGUGUGUGGACGUGGGAAAGCUUAGGUCCUCUAGUUUACGGUUUAAGGACAUCUAGAUUGUUGCUAUAAAGAGACUGCAGCAGCCUGAGCUGGACAUUAAAGUGAAUGGAAAGAAGGACACCGAGCGAACCAGCGCCAAAGUCCACUGACGCACCCUCAAGAGUCUGACCAAUCAUGAAAAUCGCCGUGGAGGGUUGCUGUCAUGGCGAACUGGAUAAGAUCUACGAGACCAUUACUUACCUGGAGCAGAAGGAAGGCGUUAAAGUGGACCUGUUAUUGUGCUGCGGAGACUUCCAGGCUGUGCGUAACGAGGGUGAUAUGAAGUGCAUGGCGGUGCCAGCCAAGUACAGGCAUAUGCAAACCUUCUACAAAUAUUAUUCUGGAGAGAAGAAAGCUCCAGUUCUCACAAUCUUCAUUGGCGGGAACCAUGAAGCAUCCAAUCAUCUGCAGGAGCUACCUUAUGGAGGUUGGGUGGCACCAAAUAUAUACUACAUGGGUUAUGCAGGUGUUGUGCGUUAUAAAGGACUAAGGAUUGGUGGCCUGUCUGGAAUCUUCAAAUCACAUGACUAUAGGAAAGGACAUUACGAGUUUCCACCAUACAGCCAAGAAACCCUGCGCAGUGUCUACCACAUCAGAAACAUUGACGUCUUUAAGCUUAAACAGAUACAGAAGCCUGUGGAUGUGUUUAUGACUCAUGACUGGCCACAAGGCAUCUAUUACUAUGGCAGAACAGAACAGCUCCUACGUAAGAAACCAUUUCUCCGUCAGGAGGUGGAAUCGAACUCCCUGGGCAGUCCAGCCGCUGCUGAGCUUCUGCAUCAUCUGCAGCCUAGCUACUGGUUCUCAGCCCACUUGCACGUCAAGUUUGCAGCUGUCAUGCAACACCAGGCUAAAGGUAAUUCUGCCCCACGCACCACCAAGUUCCUUUCACUUGAUAAGUGUCUUCCCCACCGCGACUUCCUCCAGAUAGUGGAGAUUGCUGAUAGGCCCGGGUCAUCCGAGAAGCUGGAAUAUGAUCCUGAGUGGCUGGCCAUCCUGAAAGCCACAGAUAGUUUGCAGAGCACCACUGCUAAUUUCUGGAUUCCCCCACAGAGUGACGACCUCAACGCUAGGUGGGAUUUCAGUGCCUCAACAGAGUCUAUGAUGCAGGUUGUGAGCGACAUGGGUGGUGAGCUCUGCAUACCAGAGAACUUUAGCCUCACUGUGCCUGCCUACAAUCCAUCUCGCCCUCAACCCCAUACCAAUCCGUCAUAUGUUACCAAUCCCCAGACAACUGAGCUCUGUGCCACUCUGGGGCUGACUGAUAUUUAUGCCCAGGCAGGGCAAGACAGGCAGGGCCAGGAUGACGAGAGUGCCUCUGGUGCUCCUGAAGAAGAGGACGAUGAGGACAACCAGAGUGUUGGUAGCGUCGAUGAACCAAGCGAGUAUCCUACCGACAGCUCAGGUUUGUCCAGCUCUUAUAAUCCAGAUGAAAUCACCAUUGAGGAUGAGUGGGAGGAAGAGGAGGAUGGGGAGGGAGGAGAGGAAAAGGGAACAGAUGCUGUGGUUCCAGAGGGGCAGGUAGGAGGCCAGGACAGUGACAGGGACAGCAGUCCACUGAGAGAAUCUGGCUCCAGCCACUUAGUCUUACCACCUCCUAACGGUGAACCUCUUCGCUCCCUCACACUCAACCUUCCUCCCCCUUGUCAGUCAACCCCAUCCUCCGUCUCCCCUGCUCAGGGCAGCUCUGAAGAGGAUGGGGGCGCUACGCCAGCAAGGGUCCCCAAACGCACCAGUGGACAGACCGAGGGGGCGAACACUGGCACUGGCAACACCCCUAAAAUCAAGAGGAGAAACCAAACCAUCUACACAGCGGCAGACGAUGAGGAAACUGAGGGAUGAUGGGAGAUCUAAGUCAGACUGGUACUUUGAGCUGCCAAAUGGUUGGACAUGAUCAUUUGUUUUAGACGCCCACGCAAGCACUCAAACGUAA